AUGCGUGCCCUCCUAGAUCAAGGCUCGCAAAUCUCUUUGAUCACUGAGCACGCAGCUCAAUUAUUGAGAUUACCAAGGAAAAAAUGCAAGGGUGUGAUAUCAGGCGUUGGCAAUAAUGAAAGCAGCUGCAAAGGGAUGAUUAGCCUCAAGUGUAUGUCUGUAGCCAACGACUUCACCUUUGAAACAGAUGCAUUGAUCAUGAAAAAUUUAGUCAAGAAUCUACCAAGUUGUACCUUUUCAAAACCAGAUUGGUCCUACCUCGACAAUAUAUCAUUAGCAGAUCCCGAAUUUUAUAUUAAUCGUCCUGUAGAUGUCCUGUUAGGUGCCGACAUAUAUUCGACCAUUUUAUUAGAUGGUUUAUGCAGAGCAAAUUCAACCUUACCGACCGCCCAGCAAACACGGUUGGGCUGGAUACUGAGCGGUAACGUUACUUCAUUUCAAUGCAAUGUCGUCAUACAUAAUCUCGACGACAUUCAAAAGUUCUGGGAGAUGGAAGAUAUUUCAGAGCCUUCUGACGUUUCAUCUGAAGACCAGCGAUGCAUUGAAUAUUAUCAAACAACAACAAUUAGACAAGAAAGCGGCAGAUACCAAGUCAGGCUGCCGAUGAAACCUAAUUAUCAAGAUAGUUUAGGUACAUCAAAAAACAAGGCUAUCGGUCAAUUUUAUUCAUUGGAACAAAAACUCAACAAACAAGUAGAUAUUGCACAAGACUACAAGUUAUUUAUUAACGAUUAUUUAGCGCUUGGACACAUGAAACCUGAAAUCGCUGACAGCAAUUCGAGGCUCGAAUGUUAUUUACCUCAUCAUUGCGUCACGCGACUGGAAUCCUCGACGACAAAACUUCGUGUCGUUUUUAAUGCAUCAGCAAAAACAUCAAGUGGACAAAGUUUAAAUGACGUGAUGUGUCGAGGUCCUAAUUUACAACAAGACCUGCAAAGUCUCAUAAUCAAGUGGAGACAAUACAAAUUUGCAUUUACGGCCGACAUUGAAAAAAUGUUUAGGCAAAUAUGGCUUCACGAUCAAGAUCAACAAUUACAAAAAAUAAUUUGGAGAAAUGAUCAAACACAAAAAUUACAAGUUUACCAGUUAGCAACGGUUACCUACGGCACCAAGGCGGCCCCAUUUCUAGCUAUGAUGACACUCAAGCAGUUAGCUAGAGAUGAAAAGGAGAACUACCAAGAAAGCUCUGCGCCAAGUGUCCUAGAGGAGUGCUUUUACAUGGACGAUCUCAUACAUGGCGAACACUCCAUAACAGCCGCUAAACAACUACAAACAGACAUGAUUAACCUUCUUAAUUCAGGUGGAUUUAACCUAAGGAAGUGGAAAUCCAACUCACCUGAAUUACUGAAAGGCGUCAGCAUCGAGGAAAACAAUCAAGAUAUAUUUGAUUUCAAGCAAGCGGAGUCCACAAANGCCAAGUGUUCUAGAGGAGUGCUUUUACAUGGACGAUCUCAUACAUGGUGA